AUAUAUUAUCUGAACGAUAUGGAUAGUUAUUAUAUAACAAAUGAAACAUCACUUUUAACAAUUUACAUUGUUGCAAACAUUUCACUAGGCCUUUACAUGGAGUUGAUAUUUUUUUUAUUUUGUUUUAACACCGUUUGCUUGCUUGAGAUAAUUCUACUAGAUCUCUUUAAGCAAAGUGGAACUGACAUUGGAUUCAAGUUCAAGGCAUUCUGCAUACAUUUGAUAAUCUUAAUCGGUCUAACGAUCUUCCAAAAUGGAUAUUUAAUAAAGGACACAGGACAAAUCGUUAAUGUUUUCAUAUGUAUGUUGGUUUCGAAGAUACUGUCGAUAAUCAUCUCCAUUAUUAAUUCAAGAAAUCGACACAAUGAAAAUUCUAAUAAUACCAUACGAGAAAGUAAGGGUCUCAUUGAGAAAAUUGAGAAUUUCGAGGACAAUCACAAGAUAACAGUAGCUAUUCAUAAGCUAUUAAUUCUGAUUCCAUCGUCGAUGUACGUACCACCGGACCUAAGGGAAGCUUCCUACCAAUGGAUGGAAAGCACGAUGAACUUGGAGGAAGAGAAACGCCAUCGAGCUGGAACCAAAGAGCGAGUGUAUCGUAACACUGUAUAUAAAAUUAAUCCUCGUAGAGGAAAGUUGUACUCCAAACCUGUUUACGUGGUGGCAGAAGGUGCCACGCCUUUGUUAACUUUCUUCGAAGUUCAGAAGCAUUCCCAUCCGGAGACGGAUGUCUACAAGAAGUACAGCAAGGAUAUCACUAAAAACUUUUAUAACAAAUUAAAAGAGUUGAUAAAUGAUGAUUUGGAGUGUAGAAAUCUGUGCGAGUUGAUAUAUUACGAUGACUAUGAUGGUAAUGGUGUUCUAACUAAUGUCGCAGCUGUUAUUCUACAGAGAUUGUCUGAUCUAUGCGUGUUGGAAGUUACUUAAAAUUGUGGUUGCGCUUAUAAUUUACUUGCUUCUUUUAUGCUUUUGCAUUUUUAAUAUCUUUUAUAAGUUACGUGUUCUUUAACAUGUAUUUCAAAGAUCAAAGGACAAAUCUUACAAGACAACUGGAUAUUUUCUGAGCUUGACAAUGUACGAAAUAAUACCUAUAAUAAUGUUAAAGAAAAAUAUUUUUGAUCUUUUUAUUGAGAAGUUUUACAUAUAUUGUAUUGCAUAAAUGCAUUCAAAUUUUUACAUUGUGAAUCUAUACAAGCUUUUGCGUGUAAUUAUAGUCUAGUGAAAUAAAUAAUAAAGUGUUGUAAAGUUCUAUCCCUAAUAAGACAGCAUUUGUU